AUGACAAGCCCGUACGACGAUACACUGAAUCCGUUCCAAGAAGAUGGAUCUGCAUCUCCAUUGACGUUCGAUGCCCCGAGUCUUGUUAGUACGCCGUCAAUCGAACAUGUACAGUUCACUCCAGACGGGACUGCGGUUGACUCCAGCCAGUCCACGGUUAAUGGGCAAUUUGGAGAGCACUCGAAACCAACUGGCAACCCAGCUGUCUACCCCUCUGCACGCCCAGCCGGUUUCAAAAAUGAUAUCGACCGAUACUUGCAUUCUGGAGAUGACGCGGAAAUACUCAUCGUUGAUGCGGUGAAAACAACCGAGAACUCUUCAUCGCCUUACAUAGUAUAUGUCAUUCGAACAGGGAAUGAGGAGACGCGACGCCGGUAUUCAGAGUUCGAAGCCUUCCGCAAUGUCAUGACGAAGCUAUACCCGACGCUCAUCAUUCCACCAAUACCAUCAAAACAGAGUCUUGGCGACUACGCGGUGAAACAAGCGAAAGCGAAAGAAGAUGCUGCCCUAAUUGCACGUCGCAAGCGAAUGCUUCAAGUCUUUCUCAACAGAAUUUCUCGACACGACAUCCUCUCUACAGAAGUCGUAUUUCAUAGGUUUCUCAGCGGUGACGUCUCAUGGGCAGAAAUAGCACGAUCUCCCCCGUUGACUCUCCUGCCCAAAAAUAUCCUGAAAGCCCCAGCCCACAACCCGCUGGAUGCAAGUUCCGCCAUUGCCUACGCUGCACUUCCCAGUCCAAGCGCUUCCGCCACACUUCGACAACCCGACCAAAGAUUCCAGGAUUCUGAGGUAUUCACCAGUAGGUUUGCCUCACAUUUGUCUGGCAACAUGGAGAAAGUAACACGGCGGACUAUGAAACGAUGGUCUGAGUACUCUCACGAUCACGCCGAACUUGGGGCAGCCUUAAAUGCUUUCAGCCUGUCGGAAUCGGGUAAUUUAGCGCCAGCAAUUGAGAGAAUAGGACAAGCAGUUGACGCCACAUAUAUCUCAACUGCACGUUUACUCCAAGAUUUUGAGCAAGUUUGGACGGAACCUUUACAUGAGUACUCGCAAUUUGGGGACAUCAUCAGGAAGCUUCUGCAGUACCGACAUCAAAAACAUGUCCAAUACGAGCUGACACUGGAUUCUCUGGAAACAAGGCGCGAAAAUCUAGAGGAGUUAGAGAAGAGCGAGAUAGAGGCUCGGAGACUUGAAGCAGCGUUGGUUGCCGUGGGUGUCCGACCCAAGUCCGCCUCUGUUCCAGCGACUGGUCAUCGUGGGGAACAACCCAAUGGUGUUGAAGGUGACAUUGAUGACAUUGUUGCGGAGUCACGAUCGUCUCUGGGGCAAUCUCUCUCCCUUCCCCCAUCACCUGCCGUGUUGCCGAGACGAAACAAGAGUCCAAGUGGCGGUCUUCUCAGUGCUCUGUCGCACUCUAUCCAUGGAAUGAUGGAUGUGGAUCCAGAGGCAGCUCGUCGAAGUUCGAUCAGCAAGACAAAGGACGCUAUCUCACAUCUAGAAGAUGCCCAACACCUCUCCGCCCAGGAUCUCAAAUAUGCUUCGUCCAUUAUACAAGCAGACCUUGACCGGUUCCAGCGUCAAAAGGUGGCAGAUCUUAGGGAAAUGUGCAUAGGAAUGGCACGCAUCCACCUCGCAUGGUGCAAGGCCAAUCUCGAGGCCUGGGAAGCUGCCAAAGCGGAGAUCGCAGCAAUUGAACCUCACCCAAAUAAACCUCCGCUCCGUCCUGCUGCGAAGGAUAGUGCCGGGCCAAGCGGGGCCACUGCCACUAAAUGA